UGGGCUCUUACGCAGAUUCAUUAGCGAAUUAGUUGAAUAUCAGUUGAGGUGUUAAGGAUAAUGAACAUUUUGCAACGAUCGGAUUGUAUGAAGUGUAUUAGGAGCGGUCUUAUUCAUAGAAUAUUGAACUAAAAUAUGUUUUAGUUGUGGUCAACAAGAAUCAGAGAGCAACUGCUUACGUUAUCAGUGCAACUUGCUAGGAAUUGCGCAUUAUAGAGAAAUAGCAACAGUCUGAUUUUCCUUUAACUUGUAUCCGUUGAAUUAUGUCUGUUUACACGACAAAGACGGGCAUUACGUCCAUACUGAAACCUGUAAGCACAGCAGACCGGGAGCGUGCCAAGACAGCAGCCCUAAACAAGGUGCGCUUUGCCACGCCAAAAGAAAAAGGCCUCAUCGCAUCGGUUAAUGCGGCCCUAAACAAAAACGAUUUCAACACAGUUAAAGAAUUUACAUUCUUUCUACGCGAAGCACAGUUAAGCGAUGAUGAAGUUGUGACAAUUAUGCAAGAUGCACGCAAAAUUGUGCAUGAUCUCACAUCACAGUUUGCUAACGUUGUAGAGGCCCUGCUGUCGUUGUCCUGGAAAAAGCGCAGCAAAGAAGCAGUGCAGGCGUAUAUUGAAUUUAGCAUAGAUGUCAUAGUUGCUCACAAUACUUAUAUACACAUGGGUGUGCAAAACCUGAUCGUCAACUGGAUUCCAGGCGACCAGGAUGCUGAUUGGAUCCUCGGUUGCCCGUCGGAAAGUGUACGCGAGGAGCUGGAAAUUGUGCACGCUCUACUAAAUCGCAUUCUCACAGCAGUGCCUAUGGCAAUGGAUGUAGUCUUUGAUGCAAUAGCUGCCAAAUUUCCCUACUUUAAAAGACCUGCACAUGUUACGGCUGGUUUUCUGUACAAUGUGCUACGGCUCAUAGAAUAUAAGCCAGUUUUUGAGGAGGUGCUCUUGCAGCUGGUACUGCAGAAACUGUUAGUAUUAGACGUGAAUGCGCCACGGGACGAAAUUGAUCUCGAUGAGGAAACUGAUGAUGAAGACCAAAUGGAUGAGGAUCAUAUGUUUCACAUGGAAGACCUCCCAAACGCUGGGUCAAAACCGGUUCAAUGCAUGAAGCACCCCAUUGCACAAACAUUGGACAUAUGUCUAAUGAGACUUUACAAGUUCCUGGAAAAUAAAUGCCGUCCCGUACGCGACUCCACGGAAGAAGAUCGGUGUUCUAAAAAUCGUUUUUUCAAGAUGCUGUUGAACAUUUUCGAGAAUGUGCUGCUUCCCAGCCACAACACUCAUCACGUCCAAUUCGUAAUAUUUCACGUCUGCAGCUUCAAGCAGCCGUAUGCUGAAUCGUUCCUCUAUACGCUGUUGCAGAAGGUUCAGAACCCUAACAUGUCAGCUGUUAUACGACAUGCGGCCGUCGGCUACAUGGCCAGUUUCCUGGCACGUGCCAAGUACGUGCCAUUAAACACCAUCACUUCAUAUCUCAAGGAGCUUUGCAAAUGGGCACAUACCUAUAUAGACGACAGUGACGAAUACAGUCAAAACUGUACCCUUAAAGCCAAUAUAGUGUUCUUUUCGGUUUGUCAAGCUAUUUUCUAUCUAAUAGCGUUUCGAGCUCGUGACCUCACUGCUAGCCCUAAAAACUUGCUCUUUUUGCAGUCCUUGCAGCUCUCGAGGCUGGCAAUGUGCCAUUUUAAUCCGUUACGGUACUGUCUACAACCAGUUGCCACCGCUUUUGCUGGUGUGAUGCGUACUCACCAAUUGGCGUACUGCCACACUGUUUUAGAGCGGAAUGCACGACGCAAGUUGGCCACCGUUUAUGGCUAUGACAAGGCUCUACCAGAGGAAACUCUCGAGACAUUCUUUCCAUUUGAUCCUUACUUGCUGAAAUUAUCGAACGAAUUCAUCGAACCAAACUACUUGGUGUACAAGGUGCAUGAGCUGGAGGAACCGUCCGAAUCGACAGUAUCCCAGGUCUUGAGACGGAAGCGUGGCGACUCAGAAAUGCAAGAGAUUGAUGAUUUUAUUCUUCCUUCGGACAAACGACAAAAGCUCAGUGAGCUAUCUAAAAGUCAAGAGUUCGACAGGCAGUUCCAUUAUGGGACCUCUCCAGGUUUUAAUGUCUAACAUAACAGAUACAACAUGGGGGACAUGAAGCUGAAGACUAUAUGUUAAUGUAUUAUAACCUAGUUUAUAUAAUUUGUAUUGAUCAUUGCAAUGUACAUUAAAUGGAGCAAUUUAAAAAUUGUUUUAUUAGUUCA